ACGUGCUCGAACUUGACUAGACGCGAAACGCGAUUUUAAACGGAAACACCGGACGAAGCCGAACCGAAGCGAAUAGUGGUUUCAAUCGAACGUGAUUUACGACGAAUAUUUAUCACGGGAGUGAACGACGAAUUCGACACGACCACGACGCGUGCAGUUCCUUCAGGAAAACUUGGGGAUCUAUUUUCGCCGUUGAAAGGCGCGCGGGAACGCGUUCGCGGCGGGUUUCUCGAACCGCGGUGCUUUAGUACGGCCAGUCUCUCCGCUUCGUGCAGAACUUCGUCGAUCCCGGAAUAGUUUCGUCGGUUGCUCGUUGAAGUUUUUCGCGCGGCCGUUGCACGGGCCAAUUUGCAGUCGUUUCGAGCGUGUUCGUUCACGAAUCCCACGUCGCUUGGCGUACAUAACCCUCCCCCGCGACACCAGCGUGUGAGUCGAGCGACGAUCGAAGUAUCGAUAACAGGUUUCAAAUUUCUCUCGAACGGUUCGUUCGUUGACACGAUCGUUCAACCUGGAAGCUGAUACGGAGAACGCGGGGAUGGAUGCCACGGACGUCCUCAGUCCUGACGCCCCGUCGGCGAACGAUGAGGAUGUUUUGAACAACGACAACGAUAAUGGCAACAACAACGAGGACGAGCAGGCGCCCACCGUCGAGGAGAGUUACGAGGUCACCACUACGAAGCGAAAGACCGUUCGGACCAGCUACAAGAUCCAAGAAACUUCUUCUUCGACCAAAACAACCACUAUGACAACUGCUGCAAAGCUAUAUGGCAAGGAUUUGAGUGAAUACGAUGAUGUGGAUGUGGAUGAAUUAUUGGCACAACUUACCCCAGAAGAAAUUAAUAUAUUAGCUAAAGAAGUGGAUCCUGAUGACAGUUUCAUGCCACCAUCACAACGUUGUAGCUAUGAAUGUGACAAGAGUCCUACAGGACCACUGAAUCGUAAGAAGCUUAUUGAACACAUCAAUAAACAAGCUUUGGAAACACCAGACAAACCUGAAUUAAAGCCUUAUGUACCUGGUGUCAUACGAGGCAAAAAGUGGGUUCCACCUCCUCAAGAAACUGCAAAAGAAAAAGAAGCAGAAGAGCAGAUUGCCAUUGAUCUUGGAGAAGAAUAUGAGCAAGCUUUAUCUAAUGCUACUCAAGAAGAAAUUAUUGAUCUUGCUGCUAUCCUUGGAUUUCAUUCUAUGAUGAAUCAAGAUCAAUACCAUGCUUCUCUGUUAAAUUCUGGCCAACCCGUUGGUUUGGGUUGGGAUGGUGUAACGAAAGCUAGUCAACCAAAACCUUACCCAAUGGAACCACCUAAUGAUACAGAUGUUGAUGCCACUAUCAAACAAGUUCGAGAGGACGAUGUUUCGCUAAUUGAUUUAAAUUGGAACAAUAUUAAAAAUAUAUCUGACGAGAAGUUUAUUCAACUAUUCGAAGGACUUGAGAUAAAUACACAUCUUGAAUCCUUAAGUUUAACAAAUGUGGGACUCACUGAUAAGACUGCACAAAGGUUGGCAGAGGCCUUAGAGAAAAAUUCUACGCUCAGAGUACUCAAUGUGGAAACAAACUUUAUAAGCCCAUCUGUGAUAGUGAGGCUCAUCAGAGCACUCCUUAAAACGAAGUCAAUGGAAGAAUUUCGAUGUUCGAAUCAGAGGUCACAGGUAUUGGGAAAUAAAAUUGAAAUGGAAAUUACACAAUUGGUAGAGCAAAAUCCGACAUUGCUCCGACUUGGUCUUCAUUUGGAGUUCAACGAUGCUAGACAUCGUGUGGCUGCACAUUUACAACGCAACAUUGACAGGAUCUGUCGUGUGCGACGCGCUAAGCUAGAGGCCGGUGAACCUUCCAAAAGUUUCACUAUCCCAGUAGGUGGCUUAAGAAACGGAACGUAGCGCUGAUUAGCGCAUACGGCAGUCCCGGCUCGGGGUGGCGACAUCUUAACGCGAAGUGGCGUUCGCCUAG